UCAACCAUUUCCGAUCAACCUGAGAAGAAACAUGAAUCAAGUGUUGGUAAUUCCGUACCCUGGAAGAGGCCACAUAAACCCUAUCUUGAACCUCUGUCACUUACUCUCUUCUCGACUGAACCGCCACAGUCGCACCACCAUCUUCACCGUCGUUGUCACCGAGGAGUGGCUCGGGUUUCUCAAUCCCGAUCCAGAGCAGGAUAACAUCCGGUUCGUCACCAUUCCUAACGUCAUCCCUUCCGAGCUCAACCGUGGCUCAAACAUGGUAGCUUUUGUGACUGCGGUUCAAACGAAAAUGGAAGGUCCUGUUGUGGAGGUGCUUGAUCAGAUUGAGUUUCCGGUGAAACUCAUCAUAGCCGAUGGGUCUAUGCACUGGCCGUUUGAGUUAGCUAACAAGAGGAAUAUUCCGGUUGCAGCGUAUUGGCCGAUGAGUGCCUCCAUGUUUUCCGUUGUGCAUCAUGUUGAUCUCCUGGAAUCACAUCAUCACCUCUACGUUGAUGUAUCAGAACGAGGAAAGGAGAUCAUAGAUUAUAUUCCUGGAUUAUCUUCGUUAACAGUAGCAGACAUUCCAAAUAUCUUUCAUGGCGGCAUUGGUGAGAAAUUUAAGGACAUUGUACCUAAAGUCUUCGGUAUAAAAGCAAAUUAUGUCCUUAUAUCAACCAUGUACGAGUUAGAAUCUGAAGCCAUUGAUGCUCUUCGAGCUACAUUAAAGAUGCCCAUUUACACAUCUGGACCCAACAUACCUUACUCCGAAAUCAAACCCAAUCCCUCAUCAGACCAACCUAUUUACAUAAAGUGGUUAGACUCCAAACCACCCAGAACCGUCUUGUACGUUUCUUUGGGUAGUUUCCUAUCGGUUUCAAGUGCUGAAAUGGCUGAAAUCGCAUCCGGGUUAACCCAAAGCGGUGUUAACUUUUUGUGGGUGGCUAGAGGAGAAACCUCACAUUUAAAAGAAAUUUGUGGGGAGAAUGGUAUGGUGGUGGAAUGGUGUGACCAACUUAAGGUUUUGUUACAUUCUUCAAUAGGGGGAUUUUGGACACAUUGUGGGUGGAAUUCAGUGAAGGAAUGCUUGUUUUCGGGUGUACCGAUGUUGACUUGUCCUAUAUUACUCGACCAACCGCUUAGCAGCAAAAUGAUCGUCAAAGAUUGGAAGACUGGAUGGAAUAUGAGGGAUAAAGUGGGUGUUUUUAAGAGAGACGAGAUUGCGAAGAUUGUAGGAGAUUUUAUGGAUUUGAAGAGUGUUGUGAGGAUCGAGAUGAUGGAAAGGGCGAAGGCGUUUUCAAGAACUUGCCAAGAAAGUGUUGGUGAAUGUGGAUCUGUUAAUGGAGAUCUUGAUGCUUUUCUAAGAGAUAUUGUAAUGAACUAAAACGAGUGAACAAGGUUUAAGUAUGUCUAGUAGUCGUGUUAGAAUUCCAAUAAAAGUUUAUAGAUCAUAUGUUGUGUGAUGAUAUACAAAGAAACCUAAGUUGAUAGCA